UAGAUUCUUAGGCCUUGUCUACACUGGCAAGUUUCUGUGCAGUAAAGCAGCUUUCUGUGCUGUAACUCCCAAGGUGUACACACUGUCAAGCCACUUAGUGCGUCAAAACUGCACAGUUGCAGCGUUGUAAAAAUACCACCCUGAGGAGAGGCAUACAGCUUUCUGUGCCAGGGCUACAGCACCACAGUGCCACUGUAGACACCCUGAUCGAUUACAGCAUUGCGAUUGGCCUCCGGGAGGUAUCCCACAAUGCCUGUUCUCACCACUCUGGUCAUUGGUUUGAAUUCUACUGCCCUAUCCUCAGGUGACCAACCAUGAGCCCCACCCCUUAAAUUCCUUGGGAAUUUUGAAAGUCCCCUUCCUGUUUGCUCGGUGACGCGUGCAGUGAUCUCAGCAUAUCUUUCCAGGUGCCCAUGCCUGCUCCACACACUAGGCGAUCCCUCGCUUGGAGCAAUGCCGAGCUGCUGGACCUCAUCAGCAUUUGGGGAGAGGAGGCUGCGCAGUCCCAGCUGCGCUCUAGCCGUAGGAAUUAUACCACCUAUGGACCGAUUUCACAAUGCAUGACAGAAAGGGGCUAUGACCAGGGCACACUGCAGCGCAGGCUCAAAGUGAAGGAGCUGCAGAACACCUACCACCAGGUGCAGGAGGAAAACCGACGCUCCGGUGCUGCGCCCACGAGCUGCCGGUUCUACAAAGAGCUGGACACGAUACUCAGCAGCGACCCCACCUCCACUGCGAAGGCCGCUGUGAAUACUUCUGUGGCUCACAUGCCAGUCAAGAGUGGACCAAGCCAGGGGGAGGAAAUCUUGGACAAGGAUGUGGAGGGGGAUCCAGAGGAUGACUUGGAGGUCAGAGAUGCAUGCAGCCAGGAGCUCUUCUCUACUCCAGAGGAGGCUGGCCAGUCAAAGCUGUCGGCGCUUGAUGAAGCACAAACAGGAGAGGAGGCCCCUGAUAUGACCUUGGGAACCCAGCCUCCAUCUUUGUUGUUGCCAGCUGUACAUCUGCGCAGAAUUAGAAAGCGCCCACGAAGAACUAAAAAGGACUUUCUGUUGAUGUUAUGAUGCACUCCACAGUCGAAAAAUAAGAACUGAAAGAGUGGUGGGACAGCGAGAAGAGGGACCGAAAGGAGAAUGCAGCACACCAGAAUGAAGCCACGGAGUGGCUCUUACACAUUAUGAAGAGCCAAGUGGACACACUCCAAGCGCUACUAGCACUGCAAAUCAAGCAGCUCCGCGCCUGCCCUCCUCUGCAGCCACUGUUGAAAAACUUUUUCCCCUCCGCCCUCCAGACACCGCCAACACACUCUUAUCAACCUCCUGGCUCCAGUCUGUACCUGCUGCAUUCCACUCCUGCCCCAUCAUAGUCCAGCCCUGUGGACUCCCAGUACUCACUGCACUCAACACCUGUCCCUCCGCAGUUUAGCCCUGCUGAAGUACAGUACCCGCUGCACUGUACUCCAAAAGACAAGGUUGCAUAUGAUACCUGGACAUACACAAAU